CACUGAAAAGCGCUGGGGUAAAGGGGGUGAUGAAACAAGGGUGAGAGGAGGCCAUGUUCCCCCCCCCCCAGUUUUAUCAGGCUGGGGCACAGUAUGCAAGUGUUGGUACCUUUCUGCAAGGGUUGAACAAGGAGCAGGGUUUUAGUCCACAUCCAUGGAUUUAUUGCACAAGUGCUGGGCUUGGUACAGGAGUGACCCCAGGUGCUUCCAAUACCCUUGUUGCCCCAGGUCCAAUGCUCAGUGCUGCCUGUGACACCCUGUGCCAGGGCAUCCACGUGCCUGGCACCACAGCACUGUAGGCUGGGCAGGCAGUGAUGCCUGCCAGGCACUGCCCAUCCUCUUGCCCCCUGCAUCUGUUUGUGCCCCGAGUCCGUCCAUACCCCAGCAGCACCACAGAGGCGCCAGCAGCCCAGCCCAUGGCCUUUGUGCUGGAUGCCUGGCACUGGGCUAUCGGGGACAUGCUGAACACCUCCACACACCCUGCAAGGGCUGAUACCAGUCCAAAGUCCCUCCCCAGAUCUGCUAGAAAUGCAGACACUGCCAGCGGUGCUGGGCUACCGGAUCUCACCAUGCAGCUCCCGGCGCUCCUCAUCCUCUGCCUGGGCCUUCGGGCAGAGCUCAGCACUGCUGUCAUCCCAGUGGAGGAGGAGGAUCCAGCCUUCUGGAACAGGCAGGCAGCCGCAGCCAUUGAGGCCUCCUUCAAGCUGCAGCCCAGGGUAACCGAAGCCAAAAACCUCAUCAUUUUCCUUGGAGAUGGAUUCGGGGUCCCCUCCAUCACGGCCACCCGCAUUCUAAACGGGCAGCAGCAGGGGAAGCUGGGCCCUGAGACCCCCCUCGCCCUGGAUUCUUUCCCCUAUGUGGCUCUCUCCAAGACGUACAGUGUGGACCGGAUUGUCUCUGACAGCGCAUCGACUUCCACAGCCUACCUCUGCGGGGUUAAGGGCAACUACCACACAGCAGGAGUGAGUGCAGCUGCCCGCCUCUCGCAGUGCAACACCACGGCAGGCAAUGAGGUUGUCUCAGUGCUGGAGCGAGCCCGCAAAGCUGGGAAGGCGGUGGGCAUCGUGACGACAUCACGGGUGCAGCAUGCAUCGCCCUCGGGGGCCUAUGCCCAUGUGGUGGACCGCAACUGGUAUGCAGAUGUCAGCAUACCCGAGGAGGCCCGUCUCCAAGGCUGCAAGGACAUCGCCUGGCAGAUGGUCCACAAUGUUGACAUCAACGUUAUCAUGGGGGGUGGUAGGAUAUACAUGACCCCUGCAGGGACGCCGGACCCCGAAUAUCCUGCCUAUGAAACAGAGAAUGGGAUACGGGGGGACGGGAAAAACCUUAUCAACAUGUGGCUGGAGGCACGGCCGGGUGCCCGCUAUGUCUGGAACAGGACAGAGAUGCUGGCUGCAGCUGCUGACCCCAGCGUGACUUACUUGAUGGGUCUCUUUGAACCCAUGGACAUGAAGUAUGACCUGGUGCGUAACACCACCUUGGACCCAUCGCUCACUGAAAUGACAGAGGCUGCCAUCACCAUCCUGAGCAGAAAUCCCAAAGGCUUCUACCUCUUUGUGGAAGGUGGCAGGAUUGACCACGGCCACCACGAAGGUGCAGCCCAGAAGGCGCUGACGGAUGGGAUUGCAUUUGACCGGGCCAUCGACCGGGCGGGUGCCCUGACAGAUGAGGCGGACACCCUCACCGUGGUCACCGCUGACCACUCACACGUCUUCAGCUUUGGUGGCUACGCCUUGCGUGGCACCUCCAUCUUCGGUCUGGCUCCAAGAAAAGCUGCUGACAAUAAGAGCUACACAGCCAUCCUCUAUGGGAACGGGCCAGGCUACCUGGGUGCUGUUCGGCCCAACGUGAAUGAAUCCACAGCCAGUGAGGGCACAGGGAUCAUGGUCGGGUGGUGGGAUAGGGCUGUGGGCCACUGCUAUCCCCCUCACUCCCUCCUUUCCCCUCCCCAGAUGAAUUCGACUACGUGCAGCAGGCGGCUGUGCCCCUCAAGUCGGAGUCCCAUGGUGGUGAGGAUGUGGCCAUCCUGGCCAAGGGUCCCAUGGCCCACCUCUUCCACGGGGUGCAGGAGCAGACCUAUGUGGCCCAUGCCAUGGCUUACGCCGCCUGCCUCGAACCCUAUGUUGACUGCCAGCAGCGGAACUCUGCCACUGGAGCCCAUACCACCUUCCUGACCCUGCUCCUCCCCACCGUCCUCCUGCCCCUCUUCCACUGACCCCACAGCCCUGCUUUCCCCCCUCCCUACUGCUGCGGCAUCCACAGGUGGAUGGUAACUUCUUGGAGUAUCCCUGAUCUGGACAUGGCAGUCAUGAGGCACCAUAUCCAGGAAUGGGGGGCCCCUACACCACCUGCACAGGUGCUGAGUGUUUAAUAAAUAUGGAAUGUGAUGCUACUGAGACAGCUGUGUUAGCGCUGUGUGGGUCCCCAUGCUGUGCAGGCAGGGCUGGGGGUGCUGCCCACUGCUGCCCGUGCCCUCACCGCGGCCUCUUGCACCCGCCUGGCAUAUCCAGUGCUUUAUUGACCAGAAACAGCAG